GAGCAGCACUUCACAUCCAGGAGGUCUGCUGGAACUCCUGUUCUCUCCCUCUUUAAACAGGAGUCCUUCAGGAACUGCUGCCAUGGCUCCAUGGAGGAGAUGGGAUGUUGAUGUCUAGAGUGUUUCCUGCUUCAGCUAAACUGAUCUUUUAACGUCAGAUUCCAGCUGAAAGCUCCACGGUGGAGUCCUCCAGGAAGAGAUGACUCGCUGCAGUGACAACGAUGAGGAGACUGAUGACGGUACAGAGAAACCCAGCAGAAACCAGAGGAAGAGAAGUAAAGGAGAGAAGCACGUUUCUUUCCCCCCAGAUGAGCAGAUCGUAUCAGGCUUUGCUGAGUCCAGAACCGCUGACAGGAAGGCUGACGUCUGCCUCACCUUGGCAGAGGUGAUGGAGGCCUACCUGCAGAGCUGCAGCAGACACCAGGUCCAGCCCAGAGAGCUCAUCCUGCAGCAGCUUCAGCAGGGUGUGUGUGGAGGUGGCAGCAUGGAGCGUCUGGAUCUCAAAGGUGAGCGAUUAGACCACCGCUCCUGUGAAGCUCUGGAAGCCGUCCUGAAAUCGCUGCACUUUGAUUUCAUCAAUCUGCAGGCAGCCCAACUGGAAGAAAAUGGAGCAUCGUCCUUGCUGGAUAUGAUUUUAUUCUAUGAAUCUACAACACAUCUUGACAUUUCUGACAACAGCAGUCUGGGAACAUCCGGCUGGAGGGCCCUGGCUCAUUUGAUAAAGCAGAGUGUGCGUCUGUCCAGACUGGAUGUGUGUAACGUGUCCCUGGUCAACUAUCCGGCACAGUCUCUAUCUAAGGCCCUGCUGACCAGCCGGCUCUCAGCGCUGCACCUCCACAACACCCAGCUCAGCGGCAGGCCCCUGUACACACUGGUUGGGACACUGAAGACAAACAGAGCUUUGAAAGAGCUUCACCUGACCAACAACCUGCUGAACAGCUACCAGGAUGCCUUGCAGCUGGGAGACCUGCUGCGAUACAACUCCACUCUACAGACUCUGGAGCUCAGCAACAACACUAUUGCAGAUGCUGGCCUGGAGGAGCUCUGUGACGGUCUGAGGUGGCAGACAGCAGGUCUGAAGGUCCUACUGCUGAGGAAUAACCAGAUCACUGCAGAGGGGAUGCAUCAUCUGGCCAAGGCUCUGCCGGGGCUGAAGGUCCUGCAGGUUCUGGAUCUGGGUGAGAACCUCCUGGGGAACAAAGGGGUCCAGAUGAUCAGGGAGCCUCUGAUGGUGAACAUCUCUGUGCUGCAGCUCGGCCUGGCCCAAGCUAACAUCUCCUGUGAAGGUGCCGUGGCGCUGGCUGAGUUCCUGGCAGAGAGCCGUCACAUUCAGAGGCUGGACCUCCGUCAGAACGAGGUGAAGGUUGGAGGCCUGAUGGCUCUUAGUCUGGCCCUGAGAAUCAACCGCUCUCUGGCUCGUCUGGACGUGGACCUCACGCCCUCACAGGAGCAGGAUGAGUUCCUGAAGGAGACCCAGACCCGACUCCAGACAGAGAUCACACAGCGCUGCCUCGCCAAUGCCAGCAGCUCCGGCCUCCAAACAGAAACCUCUGAGACCUCAACGACCAACCGACGAGAACCUGAACAGAAAUGAAGAGAGCUAACCCUAACCCCAGACCUCAAUGACCAAACGACAAGCUGACAGAAUGCUACAGCCUGAGCAUGCACACCGAUCACUUAAAGCCACCACAUGUAUUCAUCUCCCAGUGUUCCCAGUGUUCCCAGUCUAAACAGCUUAAUAUAAUAAUAAUUCCACUGCAAACAAUCAUAACCAUAAAACUCCAAAUCACUAAAAAAGGCAGAGAAGAGCUCCCUGAUGGAACGCCGCCUUCCUGCUGCUUCCAGCCUGAUGUUCCCACAGAGCUGCUCACUGUUUUCCAUACAGCAGUUUAGCAGCUCAGUCCAAACCUGACCAGAAAUGAAGAGAACUAACCGAACCAUAACCUUAACCCACUAACCCUACCACUAACCCUACUAACCCUAACCCACUAACCCUACCACUAACCCUACUAACCCUACUAACCCUAACCCUGACCACUGCACCUCCUCUAAAGUUAGCUGAUAAAUACUGCAUUAUUACUGAAGCAUCCUUUUUAACAGAGUGGUGAUUCCAUGGUGCAGACAUCCAUCCUCCACGAACCUCUACUGGAGGGUUCUGGUGCUGCUAUUUCCCUGUUGUGUGUUAGUUUGUUGUGUUGUAAUGUUGUGUUGUUAUGCUGUGUGGAGAAGGAGAGAGAGAGAGAGAGAGAGAGAGAGAGAGAGAGAGAGAGAGUGUGUGUGUGUGUCUGUCUGUCUGUCUGAGCAUUGACAGAAGGAAUGUCUUGGCGUGUCAGAUGGUUCUGUUCUGUAGUGAGGUGAGGUCCAGUGCUCCUGCAGCCCUGGAUGAUUCUUUUAUCCGUGGAUGGUCUAACUAUUGAAUUAGUAAUUAUAAUUAUUAGUUAUUGUUAUUAAACGGCCUGUAUCCUGUGAUCUGCUGAUGUGACUGAAUGAAGCCCUCCUCCCCUCCAGCAACCAUCAGCAGAUCACUGACUGACAUUUGAGAUAUCAGAGAUUCACACCCAGUGCACCUCUACAUACAUCCACACCCCUAGAUGACACUCCACUGCCCCCCGAGCCAGAGUGGGAGGUGUGUGUGAUUAUCUGGUGUGUGUGGAAGCAGACUGAUAGCAGUGUGUGACUCACCCUCCCACCCCCAGUCCUGCCUGAUGUUUCAGUCUCCAUCUCCCACCUCCUUCUUCUCCACCUCCAUCAUCACCCAUGUGGGCAUGGCGCCCUCCCAGCCUCCCUCUCCUCCAGCCAAAUAGGCCCCAGGACUGCAUUUCCAGCCCAGGUCUUCUCACUGGUGUCCCCCCCAGCCCAACCCUCCCUGAGGCCCCUGAACCCCCUCCAGUCCUGAUGGCAGAGGCAGAGGAGGCAGAUGCCCGGGCAGUGGGAGCAGGGCAGCAUCCAGGACAGCACCGGGCCUCCUUUAUCAUAGUUAGAGGAGGGAAGGCAAGGCAUGAAUAUCAGCACACACACAUACACACACAUACACACACACACACACACACACACACACACACGGACACAUAUGGACACACACACACAUGCUAUGCAGACUAAAGCAAACUGCAGCUUACACUGAAAAUAAGCAUUUAACAGUUUAUCAUACGAUAAAACCAGAAAAGCCCUCCAAGAGCUCAGUCCUCCUCCAAGGCUGCUCAUUCCCCCAUAUGUCAGAAAUGCAGCAUUUGUUUAUUAGUUACUGAUGAUCAGAAAUCACAGCACCAUAGAAUGUGCCCAUUUAUUAUAGAUGUACCCACAAACACAAUGACCUUGCGCUGAGCACAGGCGCAUGUUCUGCAUGUGUACGUUAUGUACGGAUACUGAAUCACGUGACCUAAAUAUGUAGCGGGCAUCAGCAGGCAGCUGACGUGUUUUUGAGUAAUGCAUAACAGACAGACAGACAGACAGUGUCAUAUGAAAUGACAGACAGCCCUGCUACAAUCAUUCGUCUGCAUAUAAAUUAAUUAUAAAUAACUGAAUACUGAAUUCACCAGAACUUCAUAGUCUCUGUAUGAGUGAAGACACUAGAUAGAAAGGUUUCAAGUGAUCUAGGAUUUUGUAUGAAGUGUAUUAUUAUUGCAUGCUUUUGCUAAGAUAUAGAAAAAUUAAACAAAAAUGUACUCGGUGGCUUUGUGUGUGAAUAUGAAUAAAUGUUGGUCCUUCUUUCAGGCGUGAUAUAAAUGUAAUCAUCUGGAAUAUCAGACUAAUACACACUGCUUUUUGGAAGAUGCCACAGAGGACAUAAACCACUGGUUAUUUCUCUAACUCUGUAUUUUUAAAGCUUGUUCUAAUAUCCACUGUGAAGUCAGCAUCCUAAAACAGCUACAGGGUUUAUCUGUGCAUUUAAGUCCAAUGGACCGAGCGUUGUCAGGAAGUGAAAGUUAAGAAGUUGUCCAGUAGAUGAUAACCGCAGUAUAACUUCUUAGUAAGAUACUGAAUUUUACCCCCUUGUAAUAAAAUUUAAUACCCUAUUGUGUACUGCUACUCAGUUAUACCAGAGUAAUGAUGGUGUUUUAUGAAGCACUGCCACAAAAUGAAUAACUGACAGAAUUCAACAUGAUGAACACGUAAACUACAUAUUUAUGGAUGACAGAACUGGAAAACAGAAUGUGCAGUUUGAACAUGUAUGUUACAGGCAACUAUAUGUUCAAAUGAGAAAACUGUGUAAACUAGCAGACACAGAGUUUGUUCUCUUGGGCCUCUGUAUCCCUAUGGAGAUAUUCCAUUAAAAAUCAUCCAUUUCAAGCUAGAAUAGUCAUUUACCACAUUAACAAUGUCUACACUGGAUUUAUCAUUCAUUUAAUGUUAUCUUCAUUGAAAAAAGCUGCAUUUCUUUUAAAACAAAGGACAUUUCUUAGUGACCUUAAACUUUUGAACGGUAGUGUAUUUAC